GGAGAUGUGGAUGUUUCUGUGCCUAAGGUGGAAGGUGACCUGAGGGCCCCUGAUGUUGACAUCAAAGGCCCCAAAGUGGACAUUGAUGUUCCAGAUGUGGACGUUCACGGCCCAGACUGGCACCCGAAGAUGCCCAAGAUAAAAAUGCCCAAGAUCAGCAUGCCCGGCUUCAGAGGAGAGGGCCCAGAAGUGGAUGUGAACCUGCCCAAGGCCAACAUUGAUGUGUCAGGACCCAAAGUGGACAUUGAAGGCCCUGUUGUUAACAUUGAAGGACCAGAAGAAAAGUGGAAAAGUCCAAAGUUUAAAAUGCCUGAAAUGCAUUUUAAGACUCCAAAGAUACCCAUGCCAGAUAUUGAUCUUAAUCUAACAGGUCCAAAGAUGAAAGGAGAUGUGGAUAUCACAUGCCCCAAGGUAGAGGGAGAUUUUAAAGGACCUGAAGUUGACCUCAAAGGCCCCAAAGUGGACAUUGAUGUCCCUGAUGUGGAUGUUCAAGGCCCAGACUGGCACCUAAAGAUGCCUAAGAUGAAAAUGCCCAAGUUCAGCAUGCCUGGCUUCAAAGGAGAGGGCCCCGAAGUGGAUGUGAACCUGCCCAAGGCCGACAUUGAUGUGUCAGGACCCAAAGUGGACAUUGAAGGCCCUGUUGUUAACAUUGAAGGGCCAGAAGGAAAGUUGAAGGGUCCUAAGUUCAAGAUGCCUGAGAUGAACAUCAAAGCCCCCAAGAUCUCCAUGCCUGACUUUGAUUUGCACCUGAAAGGUCCUAAGGUGAAAGGAGAUGUGGAUGUUUCUGUGCCUAAAGUGGAAGGUGACCUCAAGGGCCCCGAAGUUGACGUCAAAGGCCCCAAAGUGGACAUUGAUGUCCCUGAUGUGGAUGUUCAAGGCCCAGACUGGCACAUGAAGAUGCCUAAGAUGAAAAUGCCCAAGUUCAGCAUGCCUGGCUUCAAAGGAGAAGGCCCAGAAGUGGAUGUGAAUCUGCCCAAAGCUGACAUUGAUGUGUCAGGACCCAAGGUGGACAUCGAAGGCCCUGAUGUUAAUAUUGAAGGACCAGAGGGAAAGUUG